AUGAUUUUGCCAUCCACUAUCCAUUACAAGCGAAAAUCAUCAUCGAUUAGUUCAGACAAUCAUAUUCCAAAUAGUUCAUCUCCAAACUUGGAUGGUUCCAAUCCUAUUCCGAACAAUUCCCCUCCAAUUCUAAGUAGUUCUAAUCCAAUUGGGGGUAAUUCCACUCCACAACAAAAUGAGUUAAAAGUUGAUUUGGAUAAUCUUGAGAGAGAUCCCGGAAAGAGAACUCCAAUGAAGGAUUAUCCUCCAGAUAUUCGAGAUGAGGUCCGAAUAGCAUAUAUAUUAAUGGAGCCUUUUAGAGCUAAAGAUCAUGAUUUUCCCUUCACUUUGCAUUCGAAUAAAAAGCAACGGUUCGUUGAUAAUUGGUUGAAGGAAUUUCAUUGGUUGGAAUAUAAUAUAUCUAAAGAUGCUGCAUUUUGCUUUUAUUGCUAUCUAUUCAAAGUCAACUUUGAACAAUCAUGCAGUGACGUCUGUACUAAGGUAGGCUUUCAAAAUUGGAAGCAUGCAAAAGCCUGUUUUGAAAAACAUGUGGGAGUGGUUGGUAGCUUUCACAAUAAAGCUGUUGAAGCUGCUGGUCUUUCAUUUCGUGGUCAUGAUGAAAGUGACACUUCAAACAAUAGAGGUAACUAUUUGGAGCUCUUGCAAUUCCUUGCAGAUCAUGAUGAGAAAAUAAAGGCCGUUGUGUUAGAUAAAGCUCCGGGAAAUCUCAAGCUAAUAGCUCCUUCAAUUCAAAAAGAUCUUGUUCAUUCAUGUUCUAUUGAAACCAUUAAAACUAUCAUAAGUGAUAUGAAGAAUGCUAGGUUCUUUUCUCUAUUGGUUGAUGAGGCACGUGAUGUUUCUAUAAAGGAGCAAAUGGCGGUGGUUUUGCGUUAUGUGGACAAAAAUGGGAAAGUCAUUGAAAGGUUUGUAGGAGUUCAACAUGUUCCCGACACCACUUCAAACACAUUAAAGGAGUCUAUUGAUGCCUUCUUUCAUUUCAAUGAGUUAAGCUUCUCCAAUUUACGAGGGCAAGGUUAUGAUAGUGCUAGUAAUAUGAAAGGUGAGUUCAAUGGACUCGAGACAAAGAUUUUGAAUGAUCAACCUUGUGCAUUCUAUGUUCAUUGCUUUGCUCAUCAACUCCAAUUAGCUCUUGUUGCCGUAACAAAGAAUAAUGUUGAUGUUAACACAUUCUUUCUAUUGGCUAAUAAUGUGGUAAAUAAUAUUGGAGCUUCAUGUAAGCGUCGUGAUGCGCUUAGAGAGAUGCAACAAAAAGAACUUAUGAAAGCUCUUGAAAAUGAUUCUCUUAUGACGAGACAAGGCUUAAAUCAAGAAACUAGUCUCAAAUGUGCCGGAGCUACAAGAUGGAAUUCACAUUAUGGUACUUUGAUUAGUUUGAUUACUAUGUUCUCAUCUGUGGUCAAUGUGCUUGAAAUGAUUGUUGAUGAUAAUACCAACGAUAGUGUGGCCAAAGCAAAUAGGUUAUUGAAAGACAUACAAUCUUUUGAGUUUGUGUUUCUCUUAUUUUUGAUGAAAUCUAUAUUAGGAAUCACGAAUGAUUUAUCACAAGUAUUACAAAGGGAUGAUCAAGAGAUUGUGAAUGCAAUGACUUUAGUCAACACAUGUAAAGAACAACUACUCUACAUGAGGAAUGAUGAGGGGUUUGACCUUUUGGUUGACAAAGUAUUGUCAUUUUGUGUCCAUUGA